AUGGAGGAGGCGCGGCUCUUGUGGAUCCAGCGAGUGCAAUCCUGUCACUACAACAAGGAGCUUCAGUCUUUGCGUCAAGGCCACGCGCUUGAUCGAGGUAGCAAAUUUGCCCAAUUACACCCUUUUUUAGAUUCCCUGGAAGUCCUGCGGGUAGGAGAUCGCCUCGAGAACAGCCUUCUAUCGGAUGACGAGCGAAAUCCUGUGGUGCUGCCGUCUGACUCCCAUUUUUCCCGAUUGGUCGUCCAGGCUUGUCAUCUUCGAACUCUUCAUAGCGGAACGCAGCUCACGCUCGCGAUGGUGCGUCAGCGUUACUGGAUGCCCCGAGCGCUUGUCAAGCGGAUCAUUCGACAGUGUGUCACUUGCACACGCUGGCGAUCGGCUGCCCCGCAGCAGCUAAUGGACGAUUUACCUCGGGUGACUCCGGGAAAGCCCUUCCUGGACGUUGGGAUCGACUAUGUUGGACCCGUACAGCUGCGGACUGCUCGAGGGCGAGGUCACCGAUCCUACCGGGCUUUCAUCGCGAUAUUCGUUUGCCUACGCACCCGGGCCGUCCACUUGGAACCGAUGUCCGACUACACCACCGACGCGUUCCUUGCAGCCUUGCGUCGGUUCACCUCCCGUCGAGGACUUUGUUGGACGAUAUGGAGCGACUGCGGAACGAACUUCGUGGGAGCGGACACCCAGCUACGACGACUCUUCGCUGCCAGCAACCCGGAGCUACAGCGGAUCCAGGGCGAGUUAGCGUGUGAUGGCAUCCACUGGCGAUUCAACCCGUCGUCUGCCCUACACUUCGGUGGAAUUUGGGAAGCUGCCGUAAAAUCCAUGAAGCACCACUUACGUCGGGUCAUCGGAGACGCCAUUCUUACCUUAGAGGAGAUGGCGACCCUUCUCUCCCAGGUUGAAGCGUGCCUGAAUUCCCGGCUCCUCCAGGCCAUGACGGACGACGCUGAGGACCUCACCGCCCUGACCCCGGGGCAUUUUUUGAUCGGUUCCGUCCUCCUCGCCGUACCUGAACCGUCGCUGGCGGACCAGCCUGUCAGCCAACUUGAUCGCUGGAGAUUGCUGCAGCGGAUGCGGGACCAUUUUUAG